GGAGCAAGUCAGGCGGCUGCAUGGAAGUGUCCAAAGAAGCUAGGAUCGUGAUCGUAAUCGAGACUCUUUUCUUUUUACAGAAGCUCAGGCUCCCCCAUAUUCUCUUAUUGUUACUUCCUGGGAAAAUCCAGGCAGAGAAUCCAGAGAGUGGCGGGAGAAACAAUGGAGCUGUCACAGUGAAUAUCCUCAUCUGCCUGUUGUUCGUGCUUCUGCUGCUGCUGUUUGUAGCAUGGCACUAUCUGAACCGUGUAACAGAAGGAAGGUACCAUCCUAGGCACCUGAUGAGAAUCCUGGUUGUUUGGUGGCAGCAGUUCUGGAGAGAGAGACUUUCUGAGGACCUGGCUGAGGACUACCAGGAUGAGCAACAGAGUGAUGGAGAGCUUGAGGAAGGGCAACAACAGCAUGAGGAGGAUGGAGGAGAAGAAGAGGAAGAAGAGGAGGAGGAGGAGACAGAGGAGGAGGAGGAGAAGCAGCAGCAGUUCCUCCAGGAGGAAGAAGAGAAGCUGACUAAGGAAGCCAAUGAAGAGGCAGUAGCGGUGGCAGCCUUGGAAGAAGAUGAGGCAUCAAAGGCAGCCCAGGGCAGCGCAGAGGUUCUAUUGAGUCAUCUGCAUUCCUUCUCUGGAACAGCAUCCUGGGAAGACAGUGGCAAAUCACUGAAUGUCACUGCUCUCUAGAAAUCCCAGGGAGGAGGGAAGGAUGGACUUGUCAUAAACAAGCUUCUAAUGCUUGGUACCAGAUCCACAUCUGGAAACCCAAGACUCCUGUCACUCUGCUUUGUACACUGCUUC